AGAUACGAUUCUGAGCAGAUGUUAAUUUGUCAAUUUUUUUGACGUCAACGUUUUAUUAGACAUUUUCACAUUUUCAGUUAUUUUUUGUCAACAAAUGUAAUUUAAUAUCAAAUGAAAAACUAAAAUCUAACGAGUCAGAUUACAUUGUGGUAAAAACACACGUCUAUACGGACUUGUCAUAUUUUCUCCCUGAUGUAAUAUUCAUAUCAGAAUGAUCGAAUUUCGGAGAAAAUUAUGGAACGCAGGUACCCACACGCCCAACGUAGGUACCUGCAAUAGGUACCAUAUGAUAAUUUGUUGUGUCUACAGUCUAUCAAUCGUUUCAUGUGCGUACGAACGGACUUCUGUUAAAAUAUUUCGUCUGCCUAAAACAAUAUUUUUACUCCUUAGUUUUCGGUCACAGUGAUAAUGUCUAAAAAAAUGUGUCGUUUUAAUUUAUUAUUUGUUCUAUGUAUUUUAAUUUUAACUGUGUCGAGUUUAAGUUUUGCGAAACCAGUAGACCAAGAAAGUUCAAAAGAGGCAUCUCCACAAGAAAUUACAGAAACCACAUUUUCACCAGCAAUAACAGGAGCUCCAAAUACAUAUCCGAACAUAGAUAAUCCAUCCACUGUAGUUAACCCAAUCACAUUUUCAAGUGAGAUGACCACUUUACCGUCAACUAUAUAUAACCCAAGCACAUUUCCGAUCGUUGAAACAAAUCCACCGUCGUCACCUGCUACUACAAUACCUCCAGACUCAUCUUCGCCAACAACUACAGAAAGUCCAAGCACAUAUCCACCGUCGUCACCUGCUACUACUAUACCUCCAGACUCAUCUACGCCAGCAACUAGAGAAAGUCCAAGCACAUAUCCACCGUCGUCACCUGCUACUACUAUACCUCCAGACUCAUCUACGCCAGCAACUAGAGAAAGUCCAAGCACAUAUCCACCGUCGUCACCUGCUACUACUAUACCUCCAGACUCAUCUACGCCAGCAACUAGAGAAAGUCCAAGCACAUAUCCACCGUCGUCACCUGCUACUACUAUACCUCCAGACUCAUCUACGCCAGCAACUAGAGAAAGUCCAAGCACAUAUCCACCGUCGUCACCUGCUUCUACUAUACCUCCAGACUCAUCUACGCCAGCAACUAGAGAAAGUCCAAGCACAUAUCCACCGUCGUCACCUGCUACUACUAUACCUCCAGACUCAUCUACGCCAGCAACUAGAGAAAGUCCAAGCACAUAUCCACCGUCGUCACCUGCUUCUACUAUACCUCCAGACUCAUCUACGCCAGCAACUAGAGAAAGUCCAAGCACAUAUCCACCGUCGUCACCUGCUACUACUAUACCUCCAGACUCAUCUACGCCAGCAACUAGAGAAAGUCCAAGCACAUAUCCACCGUCGUCACCUGCUUCUACUAUACCUCCAGACUCAUCUACGCCAGCAACUAGAGAAAGUCCAAGCACAUAUCCACCGUCGUCACCAGCUACAACAAAAGCUCCAAGUACAUUGCCACCUACCACAACAAAAGCUCCACCUCUGGAAAAACCAGAAAUAAUAUUAUGCCACGAAUUUGCACUCUUUUUUUAUCACUGUAAAACUUCAUAUGCUGUAUAUAUAGUUAAUUCAAUUCAAAAACUAGUACAUAAACUUGUCUAGAAUACUACUAAACGCUACAACCUUACAAAUAUUAUUGUCAUCUACGUAUAGCUUAAAUUAUAUUUAAUAACUAUCAUAAAUAUAUGUUUUAUGCUGUUAUUAGAAUUAUCUUUAACAUAAAAAAACUCGUAUUUAUUUAAACUUGUGUAAUUUACUAGUACAUGUAGUUUAUACAAUAUUAUACACCCUCAA